UCUUCGCUUUAAUGAACAUUAAUAUUUUGUUCAUAAUUCGUAUAACUUGUGGCUCAUUUAGACUUUAGUUUCUUGAUUUCUUCCUUAGUGGCUUGUGGACCACCGAAGGAACUUGCAAAUUUCUGGUACUUUUAAAAUACUAAAUUACGUUAUAUUGCAUUACAUAAUCGACGAAAUAAUAUCAAUUAAAAUAUUGAAAAUGUUGGGCAUUAAUCUGUUUAGAAAUAUUAGACAUUUUUCGACUAGUUAUUGUUUAAGAUUAGAUAUGUCUUGGAGAACUUUAAAAAAACUGCCACUUAACCCAAUGGAUAGAGGUGUUCUUACCGAUGGUGCUGAUUACAUUUUUUUGGAUGGUCGUCCCACCCCAUUUGGGAUGAAACAAAAACGAAAACUUUUGCUUCAAAGAGAAUAUGCUAAAAAAAUUGUUGAACUUAGUGAAAGUUUAGACAUUGCAAAAGAGCGGUAUGCGAUGAAAGCUGGAGAAAAAGAGAAAAACCUAAAACAUGUAUUGGAAAGAAAACUUAGGCCCAAAGGAAAUAAAAAUGUUAAGGACUAAUACUCUUUGUUUAUUUAUUAUAAUACAAAAAUAUUUAGGUAGAAAACAAAUUUUGUACAGAAUGUUAUAAUUU